AUGAUCAAGGUCAACACCAACAGAGGGAUCAGCAGUGUGAAUCAGCUGGGGGGGCUCUUUGUGAACGGUCGGCCCCUGCCCCUGGAUACCCGGCAGCAGAUCGUGCGGCUGGCCGUCAGCGGGAUGCGGCCCUGUGACAUCUCACGGAGCCUUAAGGUAUCUAACGGCUGUGUGAGCAAGAUCCUAGGGCGUUACUACCGCACAGGUGUCUUGGAGCCCAAGGGGAUUGGGGGAAGCAAGCCGCGCCUGGCCACACCACCUGUGGUGGCUCGAAUCGCCCAGCUGAAGGGUGAGUGCCCUGCCCUCUUCGCCUGGGAGAUCCAACGCCAGCUCUGCGCUGAAGGGCUUUGCACCCAGGACAAGACUCCCAGUGUCUCCUCCAUCAACCGAGUCCUGCGGGCGAUACAGGAGGACCAGAGAUUCCCCGGGGCACAGCUCAGGUUGCCAGCUGUUUUGGCUCCAGUUCCUCCAACGCCGCCUAGUGGCUCCGAGGCGCCCCGGGGUCCCCACCCAGGGACAGUCCACCGCAAUCGGACGAUCUUCUCCCCAGGCCAAGCUGAGGCGCUGGAGAAAGAGUUCCAGCGUGGGCAGUACCCUGACUCAAUGGCCCGCGGGAAGCUGGCCGCUGCCACCUCUCUGCCUGAAGACACGGUGAGGAUCUGGUUUUCCAACCGAAGAGCCAAAUGGCGCCGACAAGAGAAGCUCAAGGGGGAAAUGCGGUUUCCAGGUGCUUCCCAGGACCUGACUGUAUCAAGUGCCUCCCCUGGGACCAUCUCUGCACAGCAAUCCCCCGGCAGUGUGUCCACAGCAGUCCUACCUGCCCUGGAACCCUUGGCUCCCUCCAGCUAUCCGCGGUUCUGGGGGACAGUAUCAGACAGAUGUCUGAGUGACAAUCCACCACAAGCCUGUCUCAAGCCCUGCUGGGGUAAGAAUCCAGGCCAGCCGAGCUCCCUGGAUCCACUCCUGCUUUGCCAUCCUUGCCCUUCCUUCCUCUGCCCCAUCAUCAGCCUUGGUACCCAUCAGGUCUUGCUCUGGCCUGGCUCCCCACUUCGAGGCCUGGGAUGA